AUGAGGAUGUUCACUCUGCUCACCAUCCUUCUCUUGCUGGCCCUGCACACCCAGGCAGAAUCUCCCCAAGGAAGCACUGAGGAGGCUCCGGACCAGGAACAGUUGGUCAAGGAGGACCAGGAUAUUUCUAUAUCCUUUGGAGGGGAUAAAGGUGCUGCUCUCCUAGAUGCAGAUGUGAAGUCAGACUUGAUCUGCUAUUGCAAACUCAUAGGCUGUGGUUUUGGAGAACGGCUCUCUGGGGCCUGCCAUUACCGUGGCCACGUCUUCCGACUCUGCUGCCGCUGA